AUGCACUCUUUACUGAUUGAUAUAGCCAGAGUGGUCAACUCUGGAUACGGUGUACAGAAUGCAGUUGAAAUAACAAGUAGUUUCGUACAUGUUGUAAUGAACUGUUAUAUGAUUUUUGUACAUGUAUUAGAAUUCGCGGACCCUCUGGUUAACGAAUCUAAAAGACAUACUACUAUUGUGUUACUGUUCUUACCAUGGACAAUUAUGUCAGUAUUGCGAAUUGUAAGCAUAGUCUACAGCUGUGAAGUGGUUGUCCAGGAGGCCAGCCGCACAGAACAGCUGGUGAACAAGUUGCUGCUGCUGUCACCACGGGGGAACAGCGGUCAUCACGUGGCACUGAAGAGUUUCGCCCAGCAGAUGAGCUGUAGCAGACUCUCGUAUAGUGCUGCGGGACUGUUCUCCAUCGACAAGCCGCUGCUUACGACUUGGGUGGCCGCCACCACAACCUACCUUGUAAUCCUCGUCCAAUUCGGCCUGAAUGACAGCAGCCAUCAGUAG